AAUAUUUUUCUCCUUUCCCCUAAAGUAACGUCGGCGUUAUCUGCUUCCUUACCGUACUUUGAGAUUAGUCAAGUUCCUUUCACUUCCCACAACAAAACACAACCUUGUUCCUGAUUUUUCCCCCUUUUCCCUCAACUAUUUUUUCACAAUUUGUUUAUCCCAAUUUUAUUUAGCUUUUCAUUUUAACUGCAAUUUUAUAAUUAUUAUGAUGUAAUACUAAUCUUUUUAUAAUGACUCGAUAAUGGCGAUUAGCGAAGUUUCUGCGCUGGUAAUCCUCGUAUCAUUUGUUUUCUUUUCAGCUUUUUGCUUCGGAAUGAGAAAAUCUAGCUUCUAUUUCCAAAUCUAUUCGUUUUUGACAGUGUCAGCGUUUUAGCAUAAAGAAUACGAUGCAACGUUUCUGGUUUUGGAUGUUCAUGUUCAAGCAAAGAUCUCUUCUGUGUUUAUGGUUACAGCUUUGACGUUUUGGAUUUUAAGUAAGUCAAAUCUCGAAAUUCUUUUGUUAAGUUUUUCAACUUAGUUAGGGUUUUGAAGAUACUUUUUUAAAAAUAGCGGAUUAGUAUUUGUUCUAGAUCCAUGGUUGGUUGUGAAUUGCUUUUUAGUGUUGGAUUUGAAGUGAAUAAUCUAAGAAAGGGAUACUCUGCUAUUACAGGGUGAGAACGGCAGAAAGGGUUUUGUUUGAGAGCACUGUGGAUAUUUGGUCGGGGACUUCGUUAGUGUUAGACUAUUAGUCGUAGAGAUCUUGUUAUUUUCUUUUUAACUGCAUAUCUAGCGAGUUGCAGUUGCAGUUGCAUUUGGGUUGGGGUUCCCGAAGAUUAUUGCGUUUGCUGUUUUCGUUUGGAUGAGGACGGGUUAUAAUCACUGUGAAUUUGGGCAUUCUGGAUGACAAGGGUGUCCAGAUGAGUGUCGAUGGCGACAGCAAAGAACUGAAUCAGCGCUUACGAGAUGGGAAGAAGAUUGCUGGUGGGGAACAUGGCUUAUGUGAGGGCGAUGAAGUGAAAUGUAAUGGAGUGGCUGAAGAAGUUAAGGUUGGACAGGGGGGGACUGUGGAAUUCUCCUCUGUCCAGCAGCAUAUACCACAGCAACAGCCUCAAGGGGCAAUAAUUUGUUGGGAGAGAUUUUUGCAUAUUAGAUCCCUUAAGGUCUUGCUUGUGGAGAAUGAUGACUCUACCCGCCAUGUUGUCACUGCCCUGCUUCGUAAUUGUAGUUAUGAAGUUAUUGAUGCAGCAAAUGGAUUGCAAGCUUGGAAGAUAUUGGAGGAUUUAACCAAUCAUAUCGAUCUUGUUUUGACUGAGGUAGCAAUGCCAGGUUUAUCAGGCAUCGGUCUUCUAUACAAGAUUAUGGGCCACAAAAUGCGGAAAAAUAUUCCAGUAGUUAUGAUGUCAUCUCAUGAUUCUAUGGGUUUAGUCUUUAAGUGUUUGUCAAAGGGAGCUGUUGACUUUCUUGUUAAACCCAUACGGAAGAAUGAGCUUAAAAAUCUUUGGCAGCAUGUUUGGAGAAGAUGUCACAGUUCUAGUGGAAGUGGCAGUGAAAGUGGCACACAAACCCAGAAGUCUGUAAAAUCAAAGAGUCUUGAGAAGUCUGAUAAUAAUUCUGGAAGCAAUGAUGAGGAUGACAAUGGAAGUGUGGGCCUGAAUAAUGGGGAUGGAAGUGACAAUGGUAGUGGCACUCAGAGCUCAUGGACCAAACGUGCUGUUGAAGUUGAUAGUCCUAAGCCAGUCUCCCAGUGGGAUCAAAUAGCUGAAUGUCCUGAUAGUACCUGUGCUCAAGUUGUUCACUCCAAUGCUGAAAUAGGUGGGAAGAAGGUGGUUCCUCUGGCUGCAAAGGAGUGUCCAGAACAGAAGGAACAACUUGUCAAAACUGCAGGUUCUAAACAUAGCAACACGCUUGAUGUUGGCCCCUCUAAAUUCAAUGAGCAAAUAAAUAGAGGACAACUGAACCUUAAUUGUGAGAAUCAAUCUAGCAAGCUAAGGUGCAAAGGUCUAUCAUUGUCUGAUGCUGUUACUAGCACUUCUGAUUCUCAGAUGCAUAGUGGUGAAUUUGAAGCCCUAAAUAGAAGACCCAAAUCCUCCGAUGUUGAAAAUAAAGGUACUAAUAAUGAUGAAGAAUUGCCGUCUCUUGAGCUCAGUUUAAAGAGGCUUAGAGGAGUUAAAGAUGCAGGUAUUACAAUUCAGGAUGAACGGAAUGUUUUAAGACGUUCUGAUCUGUCUGCUUUCUCAAGGUACAAUGCCCCUAACACUAAGAAGUCUCCCACUGGAUGUGUUGGAAGCAAUUCUCCACAUAAUAAUAGCUUAGAAGUUACAAAAAAGGAUUCAUCUCGAGAUAUUCAAUCUCACUCUAGUGGCAAUCCUCCUAACCAGAACUCAAAUGGUGCUAGCAAUAACAUUGAUAUGGGAUCCACUAAUAAUAAUGCUUAUGCUAAAUCUGCAGUUAUAAGUGAGCCAGCAGUAGCAUCGACAACCAAAUGUUUGUACCAAACAUCUGCUUUCCAGCCUUUAAAGAACAAUGUUGUUUGUACCUCUCAACAAGUUGCCUUGCAUAAUACUGAAGAUACAACAGCAACAAUGCUGGCACCACCUAAAGCAGACAGACAUAAGGAUUCUGCAACUCAGGACUUCCAUCACCAUUAUGAAAACCAUAACUGUAUUGCUGACAACAUGCAGCACCCGCUGCCACCAGAUCAUGAUGCUGAAUCCUUAAAGAAAAUGGCUACUGCUGCACCACAUUGUGGCUCAUCAAAUGUGGUUGAAGGGCCAAUUGAAGGUAAUGUUGGAAAUCACAGUAUUAAUAGAAGUGCUUCUGGCAGCAACAAUGGAAGCAAUGGACAAAAUGGGAGCAGCACAGCAGUUAAUGCUGGAGGGACAAAUAUGGAAAGCAACAAUGGACUCACUGGGAAUAGUGGCAGUGGCGAUGCUAGUGGGAGUGGAAGUGCCAACAGAGCAGAUCAAAACAAGACUUCUCAAAGGGAAGCAGCCUUAACUAAAUUUCGUCAGAAGAGAAAAGAGAGAAAGGAGAGGUGCUUUCAUAAAAAGGUUCGAUAUCAGAGCAGAAAGAAAUUAGCUGAACAACGACCUCGAUUUCGUGGACAAUUUGUGCGACAGCCCUCAAACGAAAAUGCAAGUGAGGCAACUGAUAGCUGAUCCAUAUAGCAUUUGCCAGAAUGACAUAAUGAUAGGGAUAUGCGAGAAAAGGUCGAGGAACCUUAAUGUAGAAUUUGGGAAUUGUUCUGUCUGUGUAUUAUGUUUAUGUGUAAUGACUCUGGUUAUUCCGACUUGUUCUUUUGGAACCUGAAUCAAUUUAUGUGGUGAGAGAUUGUUAUACUGAUUGACGCGGAAAACUUUUAGCGACUCUAUAGUUUAUAUACGUUUCUCAUUGAUAUGAUGCUGGGAGAAUCUAAGUGUCUUGAUUUAUCAACUGGUGACUUAUUUUGUAUCUGUGGCUAGAACACGAUAAGGAAAUCCUACUAUAUCCUCAAAGGUGAAAAUUGAGAAGUGGAAUAUACCCGUGGAAACAAUUUUCACGCAAGCGAAAAUUGCCAUGACCUAUCGAGUUAAAGCGCCAUUACAUGCAGUUAUGCGCUGAGAUGUAUUCAUCUUAAUUUGCUUCUAUUUUACGACAAAUUAGUUCAUAGAUGUGACUGA